AUGUACGAAACGUUGACCGCUGAAGACAAAAGAGACGAAAUUAGUAGUGUGUACCCCCUCCUUACUGGUAACAGUAUGGAUGUACUUGCCCUUACUCAUUUCGCCCGCCGUUACACUACCCUCAAAGAUGACGAUGCCGAUGCCGAUGUCGCCCUGCCCGCUUGUGACACAGUUCCCAUGGUCUUGUCCGUCGAAAGUCGCCAGAAACUGUGGGAUGCCUUUGACACGAUUCUUCAAGGCCACGCCCGCGAGUACUCCCGCGGGGGUACCUCCGCCAGCAAGAAUGGGAAAGUUAAGUAG